GAGGAUUGAGUGUUUUCUCCCUUCUUUUCUAAAGUAACGUGAAAAAGAGUUCCGUCGGACCUUGAAUUGUUAUGAGUCAUACGCAUUGAAUACGCAUCAGAUCUUUGAGAUUCGCUCUCCUAAGAAACGAACCGCCGGACCACCGUCUCGCUGCCGUUCCUCAUGGCAACUGGCAAAUCUGCUCUUAAACCCCUUCUCUCCUUCCGCCUUCCUGGACUCCUCCAAACCUCCCACCGAUGUGUGCGCUAUCUCCAUAAAGCCGUCCGGCGUGGCUUCGUCCCGUCUCCUACCCCUUUCGUCCCAGAUACGAAAACAUUCCUCACCCUUAUUGGUCGCAACAUGUCCCAAUACAGUGAUAAAUUAAGUUCUUGGGAGCAAUUAUUUACAAUCUCAUCUCAAGAGCUGCGCGAGUUGGGUGUAGAGCCUGCCCGCCAAAGACGAUACUUGCUUCGAUGGGUUGAUAAAUUUCGGCGUGGAGAGUACGGCGUUGGGGGGAACUUGGACCAUGUCACUGAUGGCGUCGCGGAGCUACGUGCUGUUGAAGUUCCGCGGGAGCAGAUUCGCGCUACCGAUAUCACCACAGGCAGGGAUACCGGCACUCAUUCAUUCAGCCUGGCUGGUACCGCUACAACCUCCCCGGGAAGCAAAUGGGUGAUUGUCAAUCUACCAGUGGGCGAGACGGAAGUGAAAGAAAACAUGUUUUCGAUUAAAAAAUAUUCCGAAAUCAAACUUCAUCGUGGAAAUAAGAUAAAAGGACCGUAUGUCGAGGUGCUUCCUGGCGCGAACGGCAGCGCGGCGAAAAUUACGGUACAGGAAGGUAUGUGGGAGGAUAAAUUAGGUCGGAAAAUUGAUGGAGGUGAAAGAAGACGAGCAGAAGUGCGAGCAAAACGACGAAUUGCGGAGUCGAAGAAACAAUGAAUAAGCGCUGAAGUUGUGUUGGAUGGCACAUUUCUUUUGUACAAUAUGUGAAUUUACUAUAACAUUGGAUUGGACGGACUGUUGCAAAAACGAUUAGAUCACUUAGAUUGGCUGUACUCCGUACUUCAUACUGUAUCUCAUUUCCUGUUAGUAAUGCAGUUAAUUUU